AACCCUCUUUUCUUCGUCGAAGAACCAGCACCAGCACCAGCACUCCAGACUUUUCGGGCGAAAAAAGAACAAGCACUCCAUGCUGGGCGCCGUCAGCCGUUUUUAGCCCUGCGUGGUUGUCUACUCCCAAAAUCCGUUUUAGGGAGGCGCUUGUCUCUCAACUGAAGCGGAGUGAAUGGAAGAGCAAGAGUCUGCAUCAUCUACUUAUGGUGGAAAAACCGUGGAGCAAUGUGAAUCCAUGAUUCAAAAGGGCCUCCAAACUCCAAUGGUAAGGUUCUUGAGGGAACGCUUAGAGAAAGCUGGGUGUCCUGUGGCAAACAAUUUCUUCAGGGCUGUAAAUUGUGAGAAAAAUGUAAGUGGUGGUUACAUUCGCGGUGAAGGGAUUAUAGUGUGUGUGAAUAAGAUAGCUGUACAAGAUGAGGUCAACCAGGUGUUAGCUCAUGAGUUGAUUCAUGCGUAUGAUGAUUGUUGUGCUGCCAACUUAGAUUGGACUAAUUGUGCCCAUCAUGCUUGUAGCGAGAUCCGAUCCAAUCAUCUGAGUGGAGAUUGUCACUACAAACGGGAACUUCUGCGAGGUCAUUUUAAAAUACGUGGUCAUGAACAAGAAUGUAUAAAACGAAGAGUUAUGGCAUCAUUGUCUGGAAAUCCUUACUGCUCUGAAGCAGCUGCCAAGGACGCCAUGGAAGCUGUUUGGGAUGUUUGUUACAACGACACACAGCCCUUUGACAGAGCUCCAUAAGUUCUCUGAGGGCGUAGGAGCUUGCCACCUCCUAACAAUGAUUGUUUUGAUUUGUUGUGGAUUAUUUUUAUCUGAGAUAGGAAUGCAGGAAUUUUUUUUUUUUCCAAAUGUAACUCAAAAUGCCAAUCGUUUUAUAAAAUUCAUUAAAUUGGUUGAACUUCCACAUAAAAUUGGGUUUUUGCAAUUCAAAA